ACUCGGAUAUCUCAUUAUCUAAAAGUGUAUCGACAGUUUUCAAUAAACUAAACGGUUGAGAAUAAUUUGAAAAUUUGCUUCAAAAAGCCUCACGUUUCUAAAAUGUCUUGUCGCCUAAUUUUACAAAAUUUUGGUGGCACCUGCUUUUCUGGAAGUACUAUAUCUGGACAUGUGGUCUGUACAUUUCCAUCCAACAAAAAUAUUCGAGGGCUGAAGCUGAUAGUUAUAGGUAGAGAAUAUACUUCUUGGAGUGAAAGUGAAAGUUACACUGAAAACGGGGAAUCAAAAACUAGAGAUGUCACCUACAGCGGCGAUAACAAGUUUUUGGAAAUAGAUAUCAUGCUCCUUGGAAAAACAACUGUGGCUCCUGGCCGAUAUGAAUAUCCAUUCACUUUCACCUUACCAACAAAUUUGCCAGCGAGCUUCCAGGGGAUUUACGGCCAUAUCAAAUACUUCAUCAAAGCCAUCGUGGACGUACCAUUUGGUAUGGAUUAUGUGGAGAUACGACAUUUUGAUGUCAUCUCACGCAUAGAUUUUAACCCAAUCAAAUCAGAAUUGCAUUUGGCACCAGUUUCAUACCAAGACGAAAAAACAAUUUGCUGUUGGUGCUGUGCUAGUGGUCCGAUCACCCUUGAUGUACAUCUGCAGAAAAAAGCAUUUGUUUUAGGUGAAGUAUCCAGGAUCAAAAUUGUCAUAUCAAAUUUAUCCAACGUGAAUAUCGAACAAAUCAAUGUGAAAUUGAAGUCGGUUAUUAUUUGUAAAGUGACUUCUCCAAGUAUGAAAAAAAAAUCUGAUACCGAACUUUUGUCUUCAACUUCUGACACUGGAGUAGGAGCGCAUGGGGAGAGAACUUACGAUCUUGAAUUGCAGAUCCCAACAGCAGGGGUUGUUUAUAACUUCAAGCGAUGCACUCUGUUUAAACAAAACUUCACUCUCGAGGUCGAGGCUUGCAUAGGAGGUUGCCACACGAACAUGAAUGUCAAAACCAACGUGGUAUUAGGACAUAUACCAGUGAAUGACAUCCAGAAUCAAUUGAUGCACGAAACCUACUACUCUCAAAUAUCAACUGUUUCAUCACCACAAAUAUACUUAUCUAACAAUUUUGGACCCUCGUGUCUCCUUUCAGACCAGACAUCGCCCCAUUCCACCAUAGCCCCUCCAACUGCUGGACAAGGGCAAGGUUCUGGUUCAACGGCAUUUCCAGGACAAAGUUCAUCAGGAGAUGGUUUUAUUUUCGUAGGAAGUGAAGGUCCUUCAAGUGAUGUUGUCCAAACUCCGUCUUCUGCGUCUAGGUCUGAAUGGGUAACUUUCAACUAAAGCCCAGUACACACUUCGGAAAGCAUAUAUCUAAUGCGAAAGAUAUAACGUUUUAUUUAUGUUUCGCAUCAAGUCUUCCAGAAAGUUGUCAUGUUUUUUGGAUUUUCGAAGAAGAAAAUGUGGAUUUGUACUUAAUAAUUUAUCUCUACUGAUAGAAAUAUCUUUAAAUAUUUGGAAUAAUGGAAUAAACUAAAAGAUAUACGUG